GAGUAGACACAGCAAAAUUAUCAUAAUGAGAAAUGCAAAGCCAACAACUUUUGUCCUUUGAAAUUUAAGAAACUUAUGGUAUUUAUGCGUUGAGUAAGAUAAAUUUCACUUUCUUUUGACAGCUUCUAGCUGUCUUCUGGUUGAUUCAAAGUCAGAAUUAAUGGGUGUAUAGAUUUCCAGGUGGUGAAUUUAUAUCUAUAUCUAUCAUUCAGUUUCUAUAUCUAUGUAUAUACAUAUUUGCGUGUCGUUUUUGUUUAUGUAGCUUUCAAAUAAGUGAUGAGAUGGGUAUAUCUGUUGUUUCCUUUUGUCAUCAAAAGCUGGUUUUGACAGUGAAAUAGAUGAAGCUGCUCUCAUGCUCAUGCCUUGUCUAAAUACACAUCCUUUCUGCUCAUUAUAUUUACAACAACUCCAUCUACCGAAGCUUUUGUCAUCUACUUUAUUCUACUAGGGUUCCUUUCUUUUUACUAUGGAGUCUUCCGAAAUCUAUGGAGGCAUCGAGGAAUGCCACAGUAGUGAAUCAGGGUGGACAAUGUACAUUGGUUCCCCCAUACACGGCGGCGACGACAGCGGCGAUGGACACAGUGAAAAAGCUGAUGAUGAAGGUGUUUAUGGUGUCGAUAACCAUGCUGAUGAAGACGCUGACAGUGAUGAUUCAAUGGCGUCUGAUGCUUCUUCAGGUCCAAGCCAUAAAGGCCACCGUGGAACGACGACGUUAUAUUUCAAGCAUGAUGAAGAAGAAGAAGAUGAUGAUAAGGAUGAAAGGAAUUUCUUUUCGGGCAAGAAAGAUAGGAAAUCAAAGGAGAAGAAGCAUAAGGUUGGGUUAAUGAAAAACAAACAAGUGAAGAAACAGACGCCGUUGAAGACCAAAACCAGCUUUAUAUGAUACUUGUCGACUGGUUACAAGGUAAGACAAAGCAUCUGGCUUUUGUUCCAAAUUCUUGCCCCCCAUGCAUUUUCGCUGGUUUUUCAGGCAAAAAUGUUUUAUCAGAAUUCAGCGUAACAACUUGGGUAUAUAUGUAUGUUUUGUGGUAUUAUGAAAACUCUGAUGUAAGAGUUGAAUCAAGAAUUAUAAGCUUCCAUUAAUGUGAAAUUUAUAUCCUUCUCGAAUAUAUUAAUGAUUAAGCACAAAGAAUUUGUGCAGUUGUAGUAGUAGGAAGGGAGAUACCAAUCCUUCCAGGUUCGGAUUCGGAUUCAAUUAAAGUGUCGGGUAUACUCUUUUUUUUUUUUUUUUAAA